AUGGCAAAGUCAGCCCUCUACCGCCUCAAGUCCUCCCUCAAAGAGGCCGGGGCCAUCGGCCCAAACUCUAGGGCAUCCCUCUCCAAAAAGGACCGGAAAAAGGGCCGCCCCACCGCCGCCUCUGCAAAGAAUGAUCUCAACAAAAAGCUCGCCCACAUCAAGGAGGCCAUGAACCCAUUCGAGAUGAAGGUCACCAAGCAGAAAUACGAUAUCCUCGGACGCAAGACCAAGGGCGUUGAUGGCAAGCCUACGCUUUCUAAGCAAGUCGGCGAAGAAAACCGUCGCAAGACGUUGCUUCAGGAACUGCAAAAGAAGAACAAGGCCGGAGGCCUUAUCGAUAAGCGUUUCGGAGAGGACAACCCCAACAUGACACCCGAGGACAAGAUGCUGGAGCGUUUCACCCGGGAAAAGCAGAGCCGCGCCAAGGGCGGAGCCAUGUUCAACCUGGAGGAGGAGUCCGACCUGACCCAUUAUGGUCAAUCGCUGGCUGGAUUGGACGACUUUGACGAGGAUGGUCUCGGAUACAGCGAUGAUGAUGACGAGAACCGCGGUGCAAUCGGAGGCGAUAUUGUCAGCCAUAGCCAUUUCGGAGGAUUCGACGAGGCAGGACCCGAGGAGACACAUGAGGAUGGCCGCCCCAAGACUAAGGCCGAGGUGAUGAGAGAGGUCAUGGCCAAGUCAAAGUUCCACAAGCACGAACGUCAGAAGGAGAAAGAGGAAAUUGACGACAUUACAAAGGAGCUGGAUGACGAGCUCGACAGUAUUCGUGGACUCCUUGGAUUCGCAGAUCAGGCCGCAGAGGAGCGUCGGCCCAAGCGUGCCCCUCUUCCUUCCCAGAAGAGUGCUGCCAACCGUGCCAUUGACCGUAUUGCCGAUGAGGAGAAGGAGAGGCAGAAGCAGGAUCGUGAUAGCGGUAUCCUGGACAAGGACUUUGACGACAGCUACGACAAGCAUAUUCGCGAGCUCGCCUUUGACAGACGUGCGAAGCCCCAGGAUCGUUUGAAGACCGAGGAGGAGAUCGCUCAGGAGGAGGUCGAGAAGCUCGAGAAGGCUGAGAAAGCUCGUAAGCGUCGUAUGGAUGGUCUCUCGGACGAGGUUGAUCCCAAGGAACAGGGAGGAUUCAAGAAGAGGAGAAAGGCCACACCUGCUGCCGAUGAUCUCGAUGACGACUUUGCUCCUGAGGAUGACCUGUUUGGUCUUGGAACCGGCAUGGAUGUUGGCGAGGAGGAGUUCAAGGGUGUCAAGCCCGGCAGAAUGCCCAGCAAGAAGCGCAGGACAAUCAAGGUCGAUGUCGAUUCUGAAUCCGAGGAGGCCGAGGAGGGCGAUGAGGAGGAGGAGGGUGAUGAGGAAGAAGGCAGCGAAGGUGAAGAGGACGAGGACGAGGAUGAAGAAGAUGACGAUGAGGAGGGCGAUUCCGAGGACGACUUUUCUGACUUGGAUAUGUCGAUGGAGAGGCCCACCAAGAAGUCGAGCACAGCAGAGGAGGAGGAUGACGAGGACGACAUGAAUGACAUGAGCGCAGCAAAGUCCAAAAAGUCGACCAAGUCUGAGAAGAAGGCCAAGGCCACCGCCGAUGCCGCGGCCGCAGCUUCCGAGCUGCCCUUCACUUUCCCUUGCCCAACCUCGCUCGGCCACUUUAUGACGAUCAUCGACGGCAUCGAUAUGAAGGACGUCCCCACGGUUGUCCACCGUAUCCGCGCCCUCUACCACCCCAAGCUCUCGCCCCAGAACAAGGAAAAGAUGCAGGUCUUUUACCCCGUCUUGCUCGACUACAUCUUCCAGAUCUCUGUCUCCGAGACCAAAUUCCCCACCGGUGCUCUCAACACCCUCGUCCGCCACAUCUACGCCAUGACCUCCCAGCUGGGCGACCAUGCAACCUCGUGCAACCUUGGCUUUUUGGAAGCCUUUGAGAGCGAACUUCAAAUGGAUCUUGCAUCUGGUGCUCGGUCAGGAUUUCCCAAGGGCGACAAGUUGUGCUUCCUCCGGGUUCUCGGCCAGAUUUACUCGACAUCGGAUUUCCAGCAUCAGGUCAUCACCCCUGCCCAGUUCUUGAUGAGCCAGUACCUCGGACAGUGCCAGGUCGGAUCGGUCAAGGAUAUUGCCUCGGGACUGAUGCUCUGCAACCUGUUUUUGGACUACCAGACUCUUUCGAAGCGUGUUGUACCUGAGGCCAUCAACUUUUUGAGCUCAUCCUUGGUCUACCUGGCCCCCAAGGGUACCUUCAGCGAGGAUGUGGAUGAGCUCCCCGGUUCGUUCCCUAUUCAGGAUGUCAACAUUGCUGCUAUUCAGAUGACCACCAAGGGUUUGAAAUCCGUAGAAGUCGAGCGUCUUUCGAUCAACAUGUUCAAGCUCAAGGACACUGCCCUCGAGAAGAACACCUACAGGGUAGCGGCAAUGUCAGCAGCAGCAGAUAUCCUCCACAAGUACGCCAUCCUUUACGCAUCCACAACAGCAUUCUCAGAAAUUUUCCAAGGCCCCCUUGGACUCCUCGAGAGGCUCUCAACUGUCCCCGAAUUCUCCCCCAGCCUCAAGUCCCAACUCGUCAAGACCCAAGACCGGAUCCAAAAACUCCAAGGAUUCUCCACAGACAGUCGUACACCCUUGCAACUGCAAGCCCACAAACCCGUGCCCAUCGCGUCCUAUGUGCCCAAGUUCGAGGAGGGUUACUCGUUGGACAAGCAUUACGACCCGGAUGUGGAGCGUUCUCAGGCUCACAAGCUAGAGGUCCAGUACAAGAAGGAGAAGAAGGGCGCCAUUCGCGAGUUGAGAAAGGAUGCACAGUUUGUUGCACGCGAGAAGCUGCGUGUCCAGCGCGAGAAGGAUACAGAGUACAAUGCAAAGAUCAAGGGUAUCAUGUCGGGACUCGAGGCCGAUCAGGGCGAGAAGAAUGCAGAGACCAGGAUGAAGCAGGCCAAGAAGAACAAGGGCAAGCGGAACUAA